AUGACAACGAAGCUCGUCCCGCUGCCGUUCGCCGGCGGCGCCACCAAGCCGGCCUUCUCAGUCGUCCAGCUCAACAUCCUCGCGAGCAACCUCGCGUCGCCCAGCCACUUCCCGUACGUGCAGCCCGCGGUGCUCGCCUGGGAGACGCGCAAGAACAUCCUCCUCGACCAGCUGCAUGGCCUCGACGCCGACGUCGUGUGCUUGGAAGAGUGCAGCGACUACUGGACCUUCUUCCGGCCGGCCAUGGCGCGCCUCGGCUACGAGAGCGCGUGGGUCAAGCGCCCAUCGACCCAUCGAUCGACGUGGAGCGGCGAGAAGAAGAUGGACGGCUGCGGCAUCUUCUUCCGGAACGAUCGCUACGAGCUGCGCGAGUGCGAGAGCUUCAACUUCCACGACGAACACGACCGCGUCGCGCUGCUCGUGCUGCUACAAGAGCGGUCGGACGACAACAAGGGCGACAUGCUCCUCGUCGGCUGCACACACCUCUGGUGGAACAGCCGCAAGGUCGACCAUCAGAUGAAGCAGCUCCGCGAGCUCGACAACGAGGUCCGGGCGCUCAAGACGUCGCUCGAGCUCAAGUACCAGCAUCUGCUACACGCGCCGCUGCCGGUUGUGCUCUGCGGCGACUUCAACAACUCACCGUCGUCGCCGCUGUAUGCGUACAUGCGUGACGUCUUCCUCCAGCCGCUCGCCAAGAUGCGCAGCGCGUACGCAAGCUACCGCACUCUGCCCGAGACGCCGGACGCGCCCGACGACGACUGCAACGAGCCGCCGCACACAACAGUCAACUACCGACGCUGCUGGGCCAUCGACUACAUCUGGUACUCGGAAGAGACGAUCAAGGCGCAGGCCAUUUUGCCGAUCCCGACCGAAGCCGAACUGCGCGAAGAAGACGGGCCUGACGGCUGGCAUGCGAUUGCACAGGUCGACCCGACGCUGCGCAACUACAACGGGAUCCCCAACUCCAAGCAUGGCAGCGACCACGUGCCCAUCAUGGCCCAGUUUACCCUUCGCUAG